GUGAUAGCACCAAGCCUGGUAGAUUCUCCCUCUUAACUAUUUCAACUUUGUGUGUUUCUGUCCCAUCCCCUCUGCGGCGACUCUAGAGCAGGCCACCGUCCUGCCUACUCUGGGAACCUCUUUGCUCCUUCCACUCUUGGCAAAGGACGCUUCCAGGCCCGGAACCCGCAAAGAUCUUUUUGCAGUGCCUUUCAAAUCACGGCACUCUUGUUUUAAACGUUACAGUUGCUCCCCAUUUAUAAGGUUUGCAAGGACCUUCACCCUCUCGUCCUUCCUUCCUUUCCCUAAUUACCUCACCCUCUUUAGCAUCUCUGCCCCAGCGAUGUUGAACUUAAUUCGUGUCCUUAAUGUUGUUCCCUGGGAUACUCUGUUUCAUACUCCCUUUCAUACUCCCUUUGGCAGGCAUUCUUCAGAUGUAGGUUAAAAGGUCACUUUCUCCAGGACCUCUUUUCCGACUCCUUAAGCUAAGUUAGCUUCUGCUGUUUCCUUAGUAUUCUGUAGUUCCCGGACUUGAACGUGCACAUCUUAUUAUGUUAUUACCUGCUGAUAGGUCUUCUUCAGGGAUUCUAAGCACGGUGAGGCUAGUAACUUUUUACUUUAAUACUUUAUGGCUUGGUGCAUUGUGGAUAAUCCAGAAAUACUUGCUGAAGAAAGGUGGUUGUGGGAGCUGAAGGUGGAAGGGAAGAAUGUGUAUGAGGAUGUGGAGGUCAGAAACUGGUGGCCUCCUUCAACAGAAUUUUGUGAGCAUCAAGUAAUACAUGGAGAAAAUGCCUUCUAAGUUCUGACACACUCCACAAAGACACCUGCUCUUUACCAUCAGUAGCCAGCCCGGAAAGAUUUUCAGAAUGGCUGCAGCCCCUCAAGCACCAGGGAGGGGCUCUGUUCGGAAGACAAGACCUUUAACGGUAAAGACAGCGCUGAACAACCCAUACGCUAUCUGCUGGAGUGCACUAGAGAGAGAAGACAUGCACUUUAUAUUACACACCCUUGAAGACAGAUUUAAAUCGCUUGGGCUUCAGAAGACUGAGGAUAAGAAGAAAAAGAAAAAACAGUUUUUAAAAAAACAAAGCCCAGACAAAUGUAGCACAGAAGUUGAUACGAGUGAGGGUCAUAAGGAGACACCACCAGGAGAUAAUGGGCAAGGGUCAGGGUGGUCUCCUGCCCACAUCAGGAAGCAGCUGACCAUUGGCGUUAAUGAGGUUACCAGAGCUCUGGAAAGGAACGGGCUAGUGCUGGUCCUGGUGUGUAAGUCAGCCAAGCCCGCGCUCAUCACCUCACACCUGAUUCAGUUAAGUUUGAGCAGAUCCGUUCCGGCUUGUCAGGUUCCCCGUCUCAGUGAGACACUCGCACCUGUCGUUGGCUUAAAAUGUGUCCUGGCCUUGGGGUUCAGAAAGGACAGCACUGCCUUUGUUGAUGAAGUCAAGGCCAUAAUUCCCAGAGUACCGCGUUUACACGUGCCAUGGCUUCAAGGCAGGCCGGAAGACUCCAGGGAAAAAUUAGACACUGAAUCUUUGGAAAGCCAAGACAAAGAGAUUUUGGAAACUUCCUUUGAAGACCUCUCUAAACAUAAAAGGAAGCUUGUUGAAGGUCAGCCGGCUGUUGUGUUACAGCCCCUUAAAAUAAAAAAAGUGAUUCCAAACCCCAAUAAGAUAAGGAAGCCACCCAAAGGUAAAAAAACGACUUCAAAGUAAUCUUCUAUAAACUUGUCAUUUCGCACAGCUGUAAAACACUUCGUAAAGAAGCCUUGAAACUAAUAAAAUGUGUUAUUUUUACAUAUA